AUGGCUCUCUGCGCUGCCUGCACUGCCAUCAGCAUCCCGGCCCUGACUGCUGCGGUCGACGACCCGCCCGCUUGGCUGCCGCGACCCAGCGAGUCGUCGGGCGUCACGGGCAUGGUCCAUCUCCCCGACGCUCGUCAGCUCCCGCGCUCCGCUGCCGCCUGCUCGUUCUGCGCGCUGAUCGCGGCGUCCGUCCUGCAAAACCACCAUCUGACUUCAGACGACCCGCCGUACUGGGACGAGGCUGACCUGGCCAGCCUGGGAGGCAUUGUCGCGGCUGGCCCCGUGUACCUCCAGCUGAGGAGAAAUGGCGUCGGCCGCCUGCCGCGCGAGCGCCCGCGCGCGCAUCUCGAGAAGCUCGGCAAGGCCAUCGCCGUGUUCUUGCCCGGAGCGGAUGGUGUUGCUCUGCGCGGCCGAAUACGUCUUUACGCGCAGCCAGACAGCCCCGCCUCCACCAGCGGCGACGUCCUGUGCGGGCCUCCGCUGCCCUCGUCUGAUUGCCCCGACGCCUUCCGCAUGACGCGCGAAUGGCUGAGCACUUGCUUGAAUUAUCAUCCGAGCUGCAGGCGGACGUUGUCAAAGUCGACCCUCGAUGAGACAGACGAGCCCGUCCUGCCUAGCCGCGUCAUCGACGUUGCACCGCCCGAUGGAUCGGCGAACGUCCGCUUGCUCCAGCCCAUGGGUGCCAGUGGCCGAUAUGUGACACUCAGCCAUUGCUGGGGCCCGCAGGACAGACACCCGCUCACCACCAUCAAAGCCACCUUGCCACAGCAUCUGACAGAGAUCUCCUGGCACCGCCUGCCCAAGACCUUUCGCGACGCCAUCACCGUCGUGAGAACGCUGGGCCUCCGCUAUAUUUGGAUCGACUCGCUGUGCAUUGUACAGGACGAUCAUGAUGAUUGGCUACGCGAGUCCGAGCAGAUGGGCAUGAUCUACGAACGAGCAGUGCUGACCAUCGCCGCGUGCCACGCCAGGGACUCGACCGAAGGCUGCUUCUUCGAGAGACCCCCCGCUCGCCCCGCAGUGCAACUCCCCUACUGGAACUCCGAGGGCAAGCAGGAGGGUCACCUCCACUGCACACUACUGCCCGUUAAUUACUUUUCCAUCAGCCCCGAAUUCAGCCCCUUGUCCGAAAGAGCGUGGGCAACUCAGGAGUGGUUGCUGUCCAGGAGAGUCAUUUUCUACACACGAGAGUGCAUUGUGUGGUCCUGUCGAACAAUAACUCAACGAGAGACAAGGGAUUCGUUUCAUGACACGGCGCGAAACACCCGCUGGAAGAUCAUCGUUGAGAAGUAUUCGGCUAGGAAGCUAACUAAUGCGACGGACCGUCUCGUAGCGCUUAAAGGUCUAGCGAAUGAAAUGCAGAAGGUCAGUAGCACAAGGUGCAUCUACGGCGUCUGGGCGGACACACUAGCAGACGGCCUCCUCUGGUUCCCUUUGCAGGCCGCAGAGAGAGACAGGAGCCCAAACAACUUUCCAACCUGGACGUGGGCAUCGACGUGUCACGGCGUGCGGUACCAGAAAAUCGAGAGGGCGAAGCGGAUAAGUCGGCGCUUACGCAUAUCAGAGCACGACGACAGGGUCGUAGAAGCGACUGGUUGGGUCAAGAAGCUGCCUCAUCUCAGGCCUCUCCCCGACGUUACACUCAAGCGACAGGACAGCGGGCUCUCUGCCGUGUCACAGAACCAGGACGAUGCUGAUCCACGGCUGACCGGCGUGCUGCUUAGCAUUGAAAGCAAUCUCCACGACAAGUUCUCGUCACUCAGCUUCGAUCUAACGGAACAUCCACUCGGCUGGGCACUGACCCACCUGGUUUACGACUCCGAUCAAGAGCCGGUCGGCUGGGCCUUGUUUGACGAAGGCAAGCUCUUAAGUGAAGAUGUCUAUUCUUUGGCCGUGCUGGGGAAAGAGGAGAAACAGUUUCCCAACGGAAUUCACCACUACUGGAUUCUCCUUCUAGUGCACUGUGGCACAGACGGGGAUAACGAAACUUACAGAAGAGUCGGGGUCGGGAAGAUAGAGUCGCCAGGAUGGUACGCAGAUACGGAGAUGAGAAAAAUGCGGAUAGUAUGA